GGGAGUUUUCAGAACUCGAAACUGUUUAUGGAGUUCUAUUUUACGAUUUACUCAUUUUCUACGUCAUUUAUCGCCCUAGAUACUGUAACUACCAAAGCAUUAGAACAUUUUGAUGGUCUUUUACGUCGAUUGGUGUAGUUGGAUACUCUCUCAUCUUUGAUUAUGACUUUGAUCCACGUUGACAAAAAUAAUGGCGUUCGAUUGAUCAAGUCAUCUUUCCGAUUCUCAUCUUUAUUCAACGCUUCUGGGCUUAAAUUAUUUUCGAUCUCUGCGUGUCAGAAACAAAAAGAUGCUUUAUCGAACGAACAAAAAGUUCGUCGCAAUCUUCAGCGAAAAACAGAAGACUUAAAUGAUAAUCCGAACUGUUAUGGCGAAGCGGUGAAAUCGUCACCCGUUGGCACCAGUUGGCUGAGAAAAUCCUCACCUCAGACGUCGUUCAUAAGAAAUAACGAAUUAUGGUUCGACCUUGAAACAAUAGAUAGACUACCACGUCGUGAACUACAAAAGCUAUGCACUAAAUUUGGUAUUCGUGCUGUGAGCAAGACGGCAAAGCUUGUAGAAGACUUAAGAAAUUUUCACCAGGAAAAUCUAGCAAAUCCUUCAUCCAUUCUCCACUGUCCGUUCAUUCCUGGGACAGGUUUUCCUCUGAAAUCUCAAUUUGAGAAAAAUUACUUUAAUUCUUUGAAAGAAGUUGAUAAAAUUUCAGGUUUGUUUGCAUCGUUAGAUGUUUCGUCAACAAGUUUCAGACGGGAUGAAGAGCUUCAAAGAUUAUGCCGAUCUAUUGGAGCUAGGAGCACAAGUUCAAGGACGACAGCCAAUUCAUUGGAUUCUUUGAAGUCCAAUUUAGGGGAGCAAGACAAGUCAUUCAGAAUGCUAGCGGAUACUUGUGAUUCCAAAGAAAUAUUUCUACAAAGCAAACCAAGUGUCUCUAAAGUUUUGAAUUUUGGGAACAACAAAAAUAAAGCCUUUAUGAUUAGUCACUGGAGAAAAAAGAAAAUUGAAGAAAUGGGAGAUGAAGCUUUUAAGAAAUAUCAAUCAGAUGCCACCAAAAAGGGAAGACUUUUUCAUUCUUAUGUGAAAGAUUUUUUGUCUGGUAAGAACACCAAUGUGGAAGGAGUCGAAGGAUGUAUCAAGAGCAUCUCUGGUGUAUUGAAUAAUAUCAGUUCUGUAAUUGCAACUGAAAAAAGAGUGUCACAUUACUAUCUUGGGUAUUGUGGAAUCCUUGACACCUUAGCUCUUUACAGAGGAGUCCCUUGUUUGAUUGAAUGGAAGACUUCUGAGAAGCCUAAGGAAUCUUUAUCAGAUUGCCACGACUUUCCUACUCAGGUUGCAGCAUAUGCCGGUGCUAUAAACUCCAGUCCGUACUUUAGUGUACCCAUAACUACUGGGUUAAUUGUCGUUGCUUAUCAUGACGGCACUCCUGCACAUGUUCACAAGAUGGACAUGAAAACAUGUGACUACUAUUGGCAACAGUGGCUGGUUCAAGUCUAUAAAUACAAACAGAUGGACAAGGAAAAUGAUAAAUCUUGAAGCAGAAUAAAUAGUUUACUAGAAUAAAAAAUUAAUUUCUAUAAA